AUGGAAGUUGCUGCGCCAGGAGCGCCAAAUGGCGUCUCCACGCCAGAUGUGGCAACCGUGGUAGAUUCGGGCGUUGUGGUCCAGUACUUGACCGAUGUGCUCCAGGUGACACUGGGGGCUCUGAAAACCGAGCUGGAAAGCGCAGGGAGCUUGCUCUCAUCGGAUAGGUACAACGACACUGUACAGCGAUGUACGCGAUUUGCCUCGGAGUCGCAAGUUGCGCUCUAUGUACAGAAAGAUAUCGUGGCUGCAGAAGAGACUAAUGGCGAGAUUGAAGAUUCGGAAUCUUCGAUUCAAUAUGUUUAUACAUUGUCCUCUGAGAUCUCCUCCGCUUCCACUACCGUCUCCUCCGUUGCCUUCAUCAAACGCCCUGCCCCUAUUGAUCCUACUAUUCCAAUCGCUACACAAAUACAAGUGAUGAACCUUCCUGGUCUUGCUUCCCUCAAUGAUGCCCAAUCACAGCAGGGAAAUUCUCUGUCGCCUUUCCAAGUCAUUCAUCUUAUGCUUCAUCAUGGUCUCACUCCCUACUUUGAGGCCAACACCCGCAACCAGGAAACUCUCUCAAGCACGAAGCCGCGGACAGACACCGAGGCGAAAAACGGAAUCCCGGGGACAAAAAAGAAGUUUGCUGAGCUGGGGUUGGCUUUGAUGCAUCUUCAACAAAAUGUGGAGAUUCCGGCUUUGAAUCUGCCUCUUCACGAGGUAGUCCAGGCUGCAUUAAGAGAGGCUGAAACAAAGGGCAUCAAGGCAACUGUGGAGCUGAUUCCCUCAACUGUAUUGGAUAACAGUGCAUUUACAAACAGCAUUCAGAACACUGUGAAUGGGUGGAUCAGAUCAAUUCAAACAAUCACCAAGAUGUCGCGAGACCCGGAAGGAGAUUCGGCAUCCCCAGAAGUCAAUUUUUGGUUAUCAAUGGAAUCUGCGCUUGAAGGAAUCGAGGCCCAACUGCAAAGCGAUGGUGUGAAGUUGACAAUGGAAAUUCUCCGCCAUGCUAAGCGAUACCAACCGACUCUCAGUUUCCAGGCCGAUACUGGACUGAAAGAUGCCACCGAUCUGGUACAGAAAUACAAUCAAUUGAUGCGAGAUUUCCCCUUGGAUGAGCUGCUCUCUGCGACGUCUCUGCAAAAGGUCCAGGAGUCUCUGGGACUCAUCUUCAACCAUCUGAAUAAGAAGCUGAAGAUUUGCCCAUACCCGAUCAAGCGAGCGCUUUCUUUGGUUGAGGCCAUAUCUGGGGAUCUGGACAAGAUGAUUCAUGAGCUUAUCAAUGGUCGUGAGAUUUUGCACCUGGAUUAUCGCGAAUUCCGAUCAUUGAUGAAGGUCACUCAAGCAAUCUGGCGUACUUGGGAUGAGAACCUGAAGGAAUUUACCAAUGUAGCCCGAGAGUCAACUAGACGACGAAAUGAGAAAUUCAUUCCGAUCAAGAUCAAUGCCAGAAUUGACAAUGUUCGCGAGAGGUUGAAGUACAUCGAUACUUUCCGUGUCAACCACGAGCAGCUUCAAAAGACUAUUAUCAACGUUCUUGGAUCGAAGACUUCUACCACAGAAACUGGAGCUGUUGAUGCCGACGGGGCUGUGAUUGUCGAGGAAAUUGGCGAUGUUGAUGCUGUUGAAGAGGUUACACAUGCCUAUGCCGCUCUCCGCAAUAUCGAUGUACUGGACGUAUCCCAAGAUGGAGCUCGAAACUGGGAGAAUGCCGAGAUUAGCUACAGUGAGCGCACAUCUCGUGUUGAAAACUCCAUCAUCGCUCGCCUGCGCGACCGUCUCGCUACAGCCAAGAAUGCAAAUGAGAUGUUCCGCGUUUUCUCGAAAUUCAAUGCGCUUUUGGUUCGACCUAAGAUUCGUGGCGCCAUCGGUGAAUACCAAACACAACUCAUUGAUAACGUCAAGCGGGACAUUUCUGCCCUCCAUGAACGGUUCAAACAGCAGUACGGCCAUUCAGAGGCCCACGCAAUGGCUCAGCUACGAGAUCUGCCCCCCGUCUCUGGAGCCAUCAUUUGGGCUCGGCAGAUCGAACGCCAACUCGAUGGCUACAUGCGAAAGGUCGAGAAUGUUCUCGGAGAAGAUUGGCAUCUACAUGCCGAGGGUGAAAAGCUGCAGGCUGAGAGCAAUCUCUUCCGAAAAAAGCUAGAUACUCGGCCCGUGUUUGAGUCAUGGCUUUAUGAUGUGCAAAGACGGCAUAUCACUAUUUCUGGUCGUCUGUUCAACAUUGUACGCAACCGUGCCGCUGGCAACACCUUUGAACUCACCGUCAACUUCGAUGCUCAGAUCAUCGCGCUGUUCAAGGAGGUCCGUAACCUCAUCUGGUUGAACUUUCAAGUUCCUCAUGCGGUCAGCAACAUCUCCAAAGAAGCGAAGCGUGUUUAUCCGUAUGCAAUCAGUUUGAUGGAAAGUGUGCGAACGCUUCUCCAGACGAAUCGUAGCAUCGCCGCAAUGCCUGAUGUUUCUAUCCUUCUCAACGGUUACGUGAAUGACUCGCAAGCCAUGGUUAACAAGGGAAUUCCACUGCGAUGGGAAUCAUUUGUUCAUUCUUAUGAACUUCAUGUUAAGCAAUCUUCCUUGGCGAACGGAUCCAUUGAUCCUUCCAAGCCUCGAGGUACUGAAAGCAAACAUGUUCAAUUUGUGCGGGAGUUCGCUGGGUCGGCCUCCGUGCUUCAGAGCAAGACUGCCGUUCUCUCAUCCAUCAACGAGAACAUUCAAAAAGCAAUCCACGAAUUGAAGACUUGUCCUUACAAUGCUGCAGCCUUCAAACAGCGUCUUGAUAUCAUCCAAACUGCAGUGGAUAAGCUCAACCUUGAGAACUAUGUGAACCUUGGCUAUUGGGUUUCGGAGCUCAAUGGCAAGAUCGAAGCCAUCCUCCGCGAACGACUUCUUCGAGCAGUCCGCGAGUGGAUCAGCACUUUCCAGCAAUCUCGUAGUGAACAGCCUUCUUCUCAGACGAAUGGUGAGAUGGAGGCCACUGCCUAUAGCAUCCAAUUCUCAGAGUUAUUCCACGAGAUUUCGAUGAAGAAUCAAGUUCUUCACUUGGAUCCGCCUUUGCAAUUUGCCCGUGCUAGCUGGUUCUCGCACUUCGACUCGUGGCUUGGCGUGAUUUGCAACCUCGAGAAGAUCAAGGCCACUCGCUACCAAAUUUCCAUUGAUGUGCAGAGCGUUCGUCAGUCCGAGGCCUGCUUUGCCGACCUCCCACAACAUUGUACCGCCGAGCUCAAUCAAGUCUACAGCGUGGUUGAGUCCAGACUCAAGGAUGUAUCUGAAUAUGUCGACAAGUGGCUGCAAUUCCAAUCUCUUUGGGAUUUGCAGUCGGAUCAAGUUUAUGACAUCCUCGGAGACGAUCUAUCCCAAUGGCUUCAGCUUCUUCAGGAAAUCAGAAAGAGCCGCGCUACCUUCGAUACCUCUGAAGUCAGUCGAGCUUUUGGUAACAUUCGAAUUGACUACGAGCAAGUGCAGACGAAAGUCAACGCCAAAUAUGACCAGUGGCAACACGAGAUUUUGCAGAAAUUCGGUGCUAAGCUUGGCGGUCGUAUGCGAGAAGUUCACUCAGAAAUCGCGGCAGCUCGUCGGGAUCUUGAAGGGCAGACUUUGGAAGCUUCUUCCACAGCUCAUGCUGUCUCCUUUAUCACUAUUGUGCAACAAUGCAAACGUAAGACUCGUGUUUGGGAACCAGAGGUUGACAUGUUCCGUCAAGGUCAAACUACUCUCUCUCGUCAGCGCUAUCAAUUCCCGAGUGACUGGCUUCACGUGCAGAACGUUGAUGACGAAUGGGCUUCCCUGAAUGAGCUGCUCUCUAGGAAGAGCAAAAUUGUUCAUGAUCAGACUGAGGGUCUUCGUGCCAAGAUCACCGCCGAGGAUCGUGUCAUCAGCGAUAAAAUUGCUGAAGUUAUCACACAGUGGAAUGACGAAAAGCCAGUCUCCGGCACAAUUCCUCCCGAGGAGGCUUCUCGCACCCUCAGCUCUUUCCAGUCGCGUCUCGAGUCUGUUCAAUCUGAAUUUGAGAUGGUUUCCAAAGCAAAGGAAGCACUGGAUCUCCCUGCAAGCUCCGAAUCUUCUCUUCCUGCCAUCCUUGAAGAGGUCCAGGACUUCAUGUCUGUGUGGGCAGCAUUGUCUACAAUUUGGAAGAGUUUGAACGAUCUCCGUGAUGGACUUUGGACGAGUGUUCAGCCCAGAAAGCUGCGUCAGGCCCUCGAUGGCUUGAUCAAGAUGACCAAAGAAAUGCCCAGUCGCAUGAGGCAGUAUGCUGCAUUCGAGCAUAUCCAGAAUGUCCUUCGUCAGCUCUUGAAGGUCAACUCGUUGCUCUCUGACAUGAAGUCGGAAGCAGUCAAGGAGAGACAUUGGCAAAAGAUCUACAAAUCCUUGAAGCCUGGAAAGCGCUUCUCUUUCGUUUCCUUGACCCUCGGAGAUGUUUGGGAUCUGCAACUUGCAACAAGUGAGACCGUUAUCCGGAGCGUCAUCGCGCAGGCCCAAGGUGAGAUGGCAUUGGAGGAGUUCCUGAAGUCAGUCCGUGAGACGUGGCAGAACUAUUCCUUGGAACUUGUCAACUAUCAGAAUAAGUGUCGGUUGAUCCGUGGCUUCGAUGACUUGUUUGCCAAAUGUAGCGAAAAUUUGAAUUCUCUGCAAGCGAUGAGACAUUCACCAUACUACAAAGAGUUCGAAGAAGAAGCCACCUCUUGGGAAGACAAACUGAAUCGUGUACAUGUCCUCUUUGAUGUCUGGAUUGAUGUCCAACGACAAUGGGUAUACCUUGAAGGUGUCUUCACUGGCAAUGCUGACAUCAAGCAUUUACUGCCUCUUGAAUCCAGCCGUUUCCAGAACAUCAACUCGGAAUUCUUUGCUGUGAUGAAGAAAGUUUACAAGUCUCCAUUUGUGCUGGAUGUACUUGCAAUCAAUGGUGUUCAGAAGUCUCUGGAAAGAUUGGCUGAACUACUUAACAAGAUCCAGAAAGCUCUUGGUGAAUACUUGGAGCGAGAGCGUGUCUCUUUCCCUCGCUUUUACUUUGUCGGAGAUGAAGACUUGCUGGAGAUCAUUGGUAACAGCAAUGACAUUUUCCGCGUUGCGAAGCAUUUCAAGAAGAUGUUUGCUGGUUUGUCAGGUCUUCUGAUGGACGAUGAUAACAACAUUGUUGGUUUCACUUCUAAGGAGGGUGAAGAAGUUCGCCUUAAGCGUGAGGUCAACCUUGUCAAGACACCUAGAAUCAAUGACUGGCUCUCCGCACUUGAGAACAACAUGAAGUUGACUUUGGCGGAACUUCUUGGUGAGGCUGUCGAACAGUUUGAUGCUCUCUACAAUGCCACCGAGGUUGACCGAACUGCUUUCAGCGAUUUCUUGGCAAACUAUCCAGCCCAGAUUGUUGUCCUUGCUAGCCAGGUUGUGUGGACGAAUGCCGUUCAGAAGUCAUUGGAGGAAGGAGGCAGCACUCUUGCCACUUUGCAUGAAUCUCAAGUCAGAAUCCUUGAACUUCUGGCUGCCACUGUCCUCGGCGAGCUCGAUGCCAUCACGCGGAAGAAGUGUGAGCAUAUGAUCACCGAAUUCGUCCACCAACGUGAUACUAUCUCCAAGCUCAUCAAGUUUAACGCAACUACACCAACACAUUAUCUGUGGCUGCUUCAGAUGCGUUAUGUUUACCAGCCCGACGGUGAUUUCCUGCAACGCUUGUAUGUUCACAUGGCAAACGCGAAGCUCAAUUAUGGAUUUGAGUACCUGGGUGUUCCCGAGCGUCUUGUCCGUACUCCCCUUACAGACAGAUGUUUCCUCACUCUCACUCAGGCUCUUUGCCAAAGACUGGGUGGUUCUCCAUACGGUCCCGCCGGUACUGGAAAAACAGAGUCAGUCAAGGCUUUGGGUCUACAGCUCGGUCGUUUCACUUUGGUCUUCUGCUGUGACGACACCUUCGACUUCCAAGCCAUGGGCCGUAUCUUCCUUGGUAUCUGCCAGGUUGGUGCCUGGGGUUGUUUCGACGAGUUUAACCGUUUGGAAGAACGAAUUCUUUCUGCCGUUUCUCAACAAAUUCAAAACAUUCAGAUCGGCUUGCGCAAAGGCGAAGAAGAUGCCAAGUCCCAGAUUGAACUGGUUGGUCGACGAUUGUCUGUCAACUCCAAUACCGGUAUCUUCAUCACUAUGAACCCUGGUUAUGCCGGUCGUUCGAACUUGCCCGACAACUUGAAGAAGCUCUUUCGCAGUGUUGCGAUGUCCAAGCCCGACAAGGAGCUCAUCACUGAAGUUAUGUUGUUCUCUCAAGGUUUCAAGCAAGCCAAGCCACUGUCUAAACAAACUGUGCCCUUCUUCGACCACUGUGCUUCCAAGUUGACCAAGCAAGCCCAUUACGAUUUUGGUCUACGUGCCUUGAAGAGUGUACUCGUCAGCUCUGGUGGACUCAAGCGUGCUCGUCUUGCCAACUCUGACGGUGAUCUCGGCCCCGAUGACGUUAUUGAGCCCCAGAUUAUUGUCCAGAGCUUGCGUGAAACCAUUGCGCCCAAACUCGUGCAAGAGGAUGUCGAUCGGAUGCUGGAGAUCCAACUAGAAGACUUCCCUGGUGUGGAAUAUGUCCCUGCAAACUUCGAGAAGCUCACUCAAGCCAUUCGAGACAUCGCCCACGAGCAGCAUUUCGUUGACAGUGAGAUGUGGAUCUCCAAGGCCCUUCAGCUCUACCAAAUCCAGAGUAUUCACCAUGGUGUUAUGAUGGUUGGAAAGUCUGGUUCUGGAAAGUCCGCUGCCUGGAAGAUUCUGCUGCAGGCCAUGCAACGAAUUGAAGGCGUCGAAGGUGUUUCACACAUCAUUGACUCCAAGGUUAUGUCCAAGGAAGCUCUUUACGGUAAUCUUGACAGUACCACCCGAGAAUGGACUGAUGGUCUUUUCACUGGUAUUCUGAGAAAGAUUGUGGACAACCUGCGUGGUGAAGAUAGCAAGCGUCACUGGAUCGUCUUUGACGGUGAUGUUGAUCCUGAGUGGGUAGAGAACUUGAACAGUGUUCUUGAUGACAACAAGCUACUCACUCUUCCCAACGGAGAGCGUCUUAACCUUCCUGCAAAUGUUCGUAUUAUGUUCGAAGUUGAGAGCCUGAAGUACGCCACGCUAGCCACUGUCAGUCGUUGUGGUAUGGUAUGGUUCAAUGCUGAUACUGUCACUCCCACAAUGAUGAUAUCCAAUUACGUUGAAGGCCUCAAGACCAAGACCUUCGAAGAUCUGGAUGAUGACAGUGCUCCUGCUGGAACCACUACCGCCAGAACCCAGGACACACAGGACACGCUCUCUGCUAUUCUCAAGCAGCAUCUGCAGAUGGAUGAGCUCGUUCUCAAAUCGCUCGGAGAAGCCAAGAAGUACAACCACAUCAUGGAGUUUACCGAUAUUCGGGCAUUGAACACCCUCUUCAGCUUGCUGAACAAGGCCUGUCGCAAUGUUUUGGAGUACAAUGUGCAACAUGUCGAUUUCCCUCUGGAUCCAGAACAGAUCGAGUCGUACAUUUCCAAGAAACUUCUGCUUACGCUUGUCUGGUCAUUUACUGGUGACUGUCCCCUCACAGACCGUAAAGCCUUUGGAAUGUUUGUCAGUGGAAUGUCAACCAUUGACUUACCGCCGGGCGGCGAUUUCUCCCUUAUUGACUUCGACGUCACCCUUCCCAAGUCGGAGUGGUCAACCUGGCAAUCCCAAGUGCCUUCGAUCGAUAUCAACACACACUCGGUCACUCAAACAGAUGUCAUCAUUCCUACUGUGGACACUGUGCGACAUGAGGAUGUCCUUUACUCAUGGCUCGCUGAACACAAACCCCUACUCUUGUGUGGUCCUCCUGGAUCUGGUAAAACCAUGACUCUAUUCGCUGCUCUUAGAAAAUUGCCGAACAUGGAGGUUGUCGGCCUCAAUUUCUCCAGUGCAACAACCCCAGAUCUGUUGAUCAAGACCUUUGAGCAGUACUGCGAGUACAAGAAGACACUCAAUGGCGUUGUUAUGUCGCCUAACCAGAUCGGUCGUUGGCUAGUCGUGUUUUGCGACGAGAUUAACUUGCCUGCUCCGGAUCGUUACGGCACCCAGCGGGCUAUCUCCUUCUUGCGUCAGCUUGUGGAACAGAAUGGUUUCUGGCGAACUACAGACAAGACUUGGGUUAGUCUGGACCGCAUUCAAUUUGUUGGUGCUUGUAAUCCUCCGACGGAUGCUGGCCGUACUCCCAUGGGAGAGCGUUUCCUCCGCCACGCACCGCUUAUCAUGGUCGACUACCCUGGUGAGAUCUCUCUUAACCAGAUUUAUGGUACAUUCAAUUCAGCAGUUCUCAAGAUUCUUCCCUUGCUGCGUGGAUACUCUGAGGCUCUUACAAAAGCUAUGGUUCAGUUUUACCUCGAAUCACAGUCAAGAUUCACACCUCAAAUUCAGCCUCACUACGUCUACUCUCCUCGUGAGCUGACUCGAUGGGUUCGUGGUGUUUAUGAGGCUAUCAAGCCACUUGAAACAUUGACGGUUGAAGGCCUUGUCCGCAUUUGGGCCCAUGAGGCUCUACGCCUCUUCCAAGAUCGACUGGUGGAUGAGGAGGAGAGGGCUUGGACUGCAGAUGCCGUGCGCCGCAUUGCCCUUGAGCAUUUCCCUACCAUUGAUGAUCAAGAAGCAUUGAAGGGUCCCAUUCUCUUCUCGAACUGGCUCUCCAAGCAUUACGUGCCCGUCGAACAAGAGCGUCUCCGUGAUUUCGUCAAGGCCCGUCUCAAGACCUUCUGUGAGGAAGAAGUUGAUGUUCCCUUGGUCUUGUUCAAUGACGUUCUUGAGCAUGCUCUGCGUAUUGACCGAGUCUUCCGCCAGCCUCAAGGUCAUCUUAUCUUGAUUGGUGUCAGUGGAAGUGGAAAGACUACCCUGUCUCGUUUCGUCGCCUGGAUGAAUGGUCUGAAGGUCUUCCAAAUCAAGGUUCACGGAAAGUACUCAUCUGAGGACUUCGACGAUGACCUGAGGAGUGUACUUCGCCGUGCUGGUUGCAAGGGAGAGAAGAUCUGUUUCAUCAUGGACGAGGCUAACGUUCUGGACUCCGGAUUCUUGGAGCGUAUGAACACGUUGCUUGCCAACGCUGAGGUCCCUGGUCUUUUCGAAGGUGAUGAGUUUUCAUCCUUGAUGACCGCCUGUAAAGAAGGUGCUCAGCGCCAAGGCCUUCUUCUUGACUCCCAGGAAGAGCUUUACAAGUGGUUCACACAGCAAAUUGUCAAGAACCUGCACGUUGUGUUCACCAUGAACCCGCCCGAGGAAGGUCUUUCUUCCAAGGCCGCCACUAGUCCUGCCCUUUUCAACCGUUGCGUGUUGAACUGGAUGGGUGACUGGUCUGAUCAGGCUCUCUUCCAGGUCGGUUCUGAACUGACUCAGUCUGUUGAUCUCGAUAAGCCAAACUUUGUUUCCCCUGACAGCAUUCCUGUCGCCUAUCGUGAACUAUCUCUGCCAGCCUCACACAGAGAUACCGUGGUCAAUUCCAUGGUGUACAUUCAUCACUCUCUUACUCGGAUCAACCAACGCCUGCAGAAACAACAAGGCCGUUCGACCUUCCUUACUCCUCGCCAUUACCUUGACUUUGUUGCACAGUAUGUCAAGCUGUUCAACGAAAAGCGAGAGGAUUUGGAGGAACAACAGCGCCACUUGAACGUUGGUCUCGAGAAGCUUCGCGAUACAGUAGACAAAGUCAGCGAUCUACGUGCAAGUCUCGCUCAGAAGAAGACUCAGUUGGAGAAGAAGGAUACUGAAGCCAAUGAGAAAUUACAGCGCAUGGUUGCAGACCAACAAGAAGCAGAACAGCGAAAGACAGUUUCAUUGGAGGUUCAAGCUGCAUUAGAGAAGCAGGAGAAGGUGGUGGCUGAGCGGAGGGAGGUUGUCUUGCACGACCUGGCAAGAGCAGAGCCUGCUGUUUUGGAGGCUCAGAAGAGUGUUAGCAACAUCAAACGUCAGCAUCUUACUGAGGUUCGAUCCAUGGGUAAUCCCCCAGCCAGUGUUCGAUUGGCACUUGAAGCCGUUUGCACACUCCUUGGCCACAAGGUGGACAGCUGGAAGACGAUUCAAGGUCUUGUGCGUCGAGAUGACUUCAUUGCAAGCAUUGUCAACUAUGACAACGAACGCCAGAUGACACGAAACCACCGUGUCAAGAUGCAGAAUGAGUUUUUGUCAAAGGAAGACUUCACUUACGAGCGUGUCAACCGUGCUAGUAAGGCGUGUGGUCCACUUGUCCAGUGGGUUGAGGCCCAGGUCAACUACUCCGAAAUCUUGGAUCGCGUUGGUCCCUUGCGUGAGGAGGUCGACCAACUUGAAGAGCAAGCCUUGCAAACCAAGGCGGAAGCACAGACUAUCGAGGAUACGAUUCAAAGCUUGGAAAGCAGUAUUGCGACAUACAAGGCUGAAUACGCUGCUCUCAUCAGUGAAACCCAGGCCAUCAAGACUGAAAUGUCCCGCGUGCAGUUCAAGGUUGACAGAAGUUUACGUUUGCUCGAUAGCUUGGCAUCAGAGCGUGAGCGUUGGGAGGAAGGCAGCAAAUCCUUCGAAACCCAGAUCAGUACCCUUGUCGGUGAUGUCCUCAUUGCCGCCGCUUUCCUCGCCUAUGCUGGUCUCUAUGAUCAACAGUUCCGUAAGGCGAUGGUGGACGAAUGGGUGCAUCAGUUGGCUCAGUCUGGCAUCAACUUCAAGCCACACAACCCUAUCACAGAGUACCUUUCCAAUGCUGAUGAGCGUCUCAAUUGGCAAGAUAACUCGCUUCCUGUGGAUGAUCUCUGCACUGAGAAUGCUAUUAUCCUGAAGCGAUUCAACAGAUACCCUCUGAUUAUCGACCCAUCUGGUCGAGUCACGGAAUUCCUGCAGAAAGAGAGCAAGGACCGCAAGCUUACAGUCACCAGCUUUUUGGACGACUCAUUCGUCAAGCAGUUGGAGAGUGCGCUCCGUUUCGGUAACCCCAUUCUCAUUCAGGAUGCAGAGCACUUGGACCCUAUCCUCAACCACGUUCUCAACAAGGAGUACCAGAAGACCGGAGGCCGUGUCCUCAUUCAGCUUGGAAAACAAGAGAUCGAUUUCUCGCCAUCCUUCAAGCUUUUCCUGUCAACCCGGGAUCCCUCUGCAUCAUUCCCACCGGAUGUGUGCAGUCGUACCACAUUUGUCAACUUCACGGUCACCCAGAGCAGUUUGCAGACUCAAUCACUGAACGAUGUUCUCAAAUUUGAGCGACCCGAUGUGGACGAACGCCGUAACAACCUGGUCAAGAUGCAAGGAGAGUUCAAGGUUCAUCUCCGGUCGCUUGAGAAACGUCUCUUGCAAGCUCUUAACGAGUCUCGUGGUAACAUUUUGGACGAUGACAAUGUUAUCGAAACCCUGGAGACUCUCAAGAAGGAGGCUGGUGACAUUUCAGUGAAGAUGUCGGAGACCGAAGGGGUCAUGUCUGAAGUUGACACUAUUACCCAGCAGUACAGCAUCAUUGCUCGUGCCUGCAGUGCAGUCUUCGCGGUUCUCGAACAGCUUCACCACAUCAACCACUUCUAUCAAUUCUCCCUGCAAUACUUUGUGGACAUCUUCAACUCUGUUCUCUACCAGAACAAGCGCCUUGCUCAAGAGAAGGACCACUCAGCUCGUGUCCAGAUCAUUAUCCGAGACCUCUUCAUUACCACCUAUCAACGAACAUCGCUUGGUCUUGUUCAGAAGGACCGAAUCACUCUGGCAAUUCUGCUUGCCCAGGCUACUCCUUUCCCUAUGGACAGGGCCAUUCUCGACCGUAUCCUGGACGAGUCCAUCGAAGAUGCGGACCUUUCAAGCAUAACCGACAUUCGCGAACAAGUGAUGAGCAAGCUGCUGAACAUGUCAUUGUUCAAGGACUAUGUACCCAACAUUCCUCAAGAUCAAUGGGAUCGCUUCUUUGAUGAGGAACUUGCAGAGAACGUUGUUCCUGUCAUCUGGGACGAGAAUACCUCCAAGCUCGACCAGCUGCUCCGGUCGCUGCUCCUUGUCAAACUUUGCCGCAUGGACCGAUUUGUUCCCACAGCGGAGCGUUUCGUCGAGGCUGUAUUCGGUCGUGAGCUAUUUGAGGGCGGUAGUGAUCUCAAGGACGUGGUUGAUCAAGUCACAGCCACCACACCUAUUUCCCUCAGCUCCAGCCCUGGCUUUGAUGCUAGUUACAAGGUUGAUGCACUGGUUGAGCGAACUCACGCCACCUGCGCCAACAUUGCCAUGGGUUCGAAUGAAGGUCUCGAGAGUGCGGACAAGGCCAUUAGCAACGCUGCUGCCACGGGUAACUGGGUAUUGGUCAAGAACGUUCACUUGGCGCCUUCGUGGCUCCAGAGUCUGGAGAAGAGACUUGAUUCCCUCAAGCCUCAUAAGGAGUUCCGACUUUUCCUUUCUAUGGAAUCCAGCCCCAAGAUUCCAGUCAAUCUCAUCCGCGCCUCCCGUGUGCUUAUGUAUGAGCAGCCUGCCGGUGUUCGCGCCAACAUGAAGGAUUCUCUGUCUUCAUUGACUACUCGUGCCAGCAAGGCUCCUGUUGAAAAGGCUCGUGUCUACUUAUUGCUCUGCUUCUUCCAUGCCGUCGUUCAAGAAAGACUGCGCUAUGCUCCUAGUCUUGGCUGGAAGGGUUUCUGGGAAUUUAACGACAGUGACUAUGAGUGCUCUGCCUGGAUCAUUGAUCACUGGGUUGAUACUGUCGCCCAGGGCCGUUCUAACGUCGCCCCUCAGAAACUCCCUUGGGAAAUGAUCCGUACUCUUAUCGCCGAGAUGUAUGGUGGCAAGAUUGACGAUGCUGCUGAUUUCCAGCAAUUGCAAACCCUUGUGGAUAGCUUCUUGACCCCGGCUGCCUUUGAAGACGAUUACAAGCUCGUUUCCGGUGUUGAGAACGAUGAGGUCCUUACUCUGCCUACUGGUACCAGUAUUCGCGAUUUCAUCGCCUGGGUGAACAAACUUCCUGAGCGUGAGCCACCCACUUACUUGGGUCUUCCUGCUAAUGCAGAGAAAUUGUUGUUGGUUGGUCAUGGACGCAAGAUGAUCUCUGAUCUGUCGCGUGUUACCACCCUUCUGGAUGAGGGUGAGCAGUUGAUGGUUGACAAUUAG